AGGAGCGGCGUGUAGUCCGGGCCCUUCCGCUACAGGAGUGAGAGGCCGCGGUCAUCAGUACCUGCUGGGAGGGCAAGAAUGAUGACCCUGAAUCCUGGGAGCCACCACAAGGGACUCUUGUUUGUGUCUUCCCAGGACUCUGCCCUUCCCCAGAAGGGGCUGGAGAAAAUGACCAAGUUCCAGGAGCCAGUGUCCUUCAAGGACGUGGCUGUGACCUUCACCAAGGAGGAGCUGGGGCUGCUGGACUCCACCCAGAGGAAGCUGUACCGAGACGUGAUGCUGGAGAACUUCCAGAACCUGGUCUCAGUGGGAUAUCAGCCUUUCAAAUUAGAUAUGAUACUACAGCUGGGGAGAAAAGAGAAGCUUUGGGUGAUGGAGCCAGAAACCCAAGGAGCUGGGUGUUCAGGACACGGGAACCAAAAUGAGAUAGAGACUCUUCAAGAAGCAGGAUUAAGACAGCUUUUACAUGAAGGCCUUAUGUGCUGGCAGAUAUGGGAACAGUUUACAAGUAAAUUAACUAGAACUCAGGACUCAAUGAUAAAGCUGCAAGUCAAGAAGUUGCCAAAACAAGAUGAUUCCUCCUGUGAGGCAUGGUCAGGAGAGUCUACUCAGGUUCCUGAAGAUGAGAACUAUAUAGGAAAGCUUCAAGGGGAGAGUUCCACAAGUAUCAAAAAUCAAGAGUCUCCAACUCAGACCUCCUGGGAUUUCUGGAGGAAAAUGUAUCUGAGAGAGUCACAGAAUUAUCAGAGUAGGUGUCAGCAAAUUGACAUAAAAGAUAAACUGUGUCAGUGUGAUCACUGUGUCAUGAGAAGGAUCUCUCAUCACCAUGGCAAUCAGGAAGUACACAAAAGCGAGAAGGCUUGUGGCCACAAUAAUCAUGGAAAAGACUUUGUGAAGAACACAUCCCAGCAUAGCAUCAUCCACUCAGGAGAGCAGACCUCUGAUGAGACUGGAAAAGACGUCAGCCUUGGCUAUGAUGUGGAACUUCAUCAGCAGUUGCGUGUAGGAGAGAAGCCCCAUGUGUGUAGUGAGUGUGGGAAGGGCACCACGUAUAACUCAGUGUUUCACAUUCAUUACAGUGUUCACAGAGGAGGGAAACGCAGUGGGAAUGAUGAGUGUGGGGUGGACUUGGGUCAGAGCUCACAUCCGCAGACCCGUCAGAGAGCCAGCCCAGGGGAGAAACCCUACAGAUGUGGGGUGUGUGCUGCUGAGAGCUUCAAUCAGAACUCCUCCCUUCCCACUCAUGAGCCCAUUCACCCGGGGGAGAAUCUGUGUAGGGGUGGCAGGUGUGGGAAGGGCUCCAGUCAUAGCUUGGACCUCAACAGUCACUGUGUAGACAACACUGGAGAGAAAUCAUGGAAAUGUGAGCUGUGUGGUAAAGGCUUCAAUGAGACAUCACAAAUUCAAGCCCAUCAGACAGCCUACCCUCAAGACAAAACGUCCAAAUGGAAGGCGUGUGACAGGAUAUUCAGUCAGAGCUCUGGUCCUCUUCAGAGAGUUCACACUGGAGAGAAACCAUAUAAAUGUGAGGUAUGUGGGAAAGACUUCAGUAAGGCCUCCAACCUUCAAGCCCAUCAGAGAAUCCACACCGGCGAGAAACCCUACAAAUGUGAUGUGUGUGAUAAGAACUUCAGCCGGAAUUCCCAUCUUCAGGCCCAUCAGAGAGUCCACACGGGAGAGAAACCCUACAGAUGUGACACAUGUGGGAAGGACUUCAGUCAGAUUUCCCAUCUUCAGGCCCAUCAGAGAGUCCACACAGGAGAGAAGCCCUACAGAUGUGACACAUGUGGGAAAGGCUUCAGUCAGAGCUCACAUCUUCAAGACCACCAGCGGGUCCACACCGGAGAGAAACCCUACACAUGCGAUGUGUGUGGGAAGGGUUUCAGUUGGAGCUCCCAUCUUCAAGCCCAUCAGAGAGUCCAUACAGGGGAGAAACCCUACAAGUGUGAAGAAUGUGGGAAAGGCUUCAUCUGGAACUCGUACCUUCACGUUCAUCAGAGGAUCCACACGGGAGAGAAACCCUAUAAGUGUGGCACGUGUGGGAAGAGCUUCAGUCAGACCUCCCAUCUUCAAGCCCAUCGCAGGGUCCAUACAGGAGAGAAACCCUACAAAUGUUUUGACUGUGGUAAGGGCUUUAGCAAGAGUUUGUCUUCAGGUUCAUCAGAGAGUCCAUAGUGGUGAUCAAUCCAGUACAUGCAGAGAGUGUGAUAAAAGUGUUCUUCAGAAUGUAGACUUCUCAUUUUCAUCAGAAAACGCCCACAACAGGGGCUAUU